AUGAAAAAAGACUUUUAUCGUCAAUUGGACCCAGUUGAAGAAAAGAUUGUUCCACCAGAAAAUGUCACAGUAACCUCCUCAGAUGCUAAAGAGGCCACUGUUAAUGAAAAGGAUGCUAAGCAAGGUGUUCUAUCGCAAAGGAUAAUGAGAUAUAUCGGGCAGAAUGAGCUCGUAGACGGCAUUUCAGUUCGUGAUCCCGAUUACCUGAAGAAAUUUUUCAACGAGAAAAGACAGAAAUUGUCUGUUAAAUGGGAUAAAACAACAAGAAAAGUCGACAACGUCGUCGGGAAAUAUUAUGCUCGUGAAAAGAGUUUUACAUCAACCAUCGGAAACUUGCAUACAGACCCAAAGGAGCAUCUAAUACCAGGGCUUUCUUCUACGUUAGUUGCCUUUAUGGCAGGUUCUGUCUUGACAAGAAAAAGGACGUGGUUACUUCGUGCUACCAUGCCCUUUGUAUUGGGAUCAUGUUGUUUUGCAUAUGCAAUGCCAAACACCUUCAAAAACACUAUGGAUCUUAUCCAUGAUUUGGAAAAAAACGCUUUUCCUAACUUGGUUCAGAGGCAAGAUCAUGUAUGGGGAGAAAUCAAAAGGUUAAGUAACGCGUCUAUAAAAUACUACAGUGACGCAAAGAAAUGGCUUGAAAAAGAUGUAGAAAAAACGGGGGAUACAAUCAAAGAUUGGACUGGUGUAAAUGUAAAGUAA